GUUUCUUGUUCUUUGGUUGGUAGCGUGGUGCCGUCAGUCUGUGACAACUCGUGGACCAUAUUUGUGUCACCUUUUACAAACAAAAGGUGACAAUCGGAUUGUUUUGAUAUUUGAUGACACAGUGAUCUCGCUGUAUUGAGUGAUAAGUGUUGUGUGCUCUCUUUGAUAGUUAAAAACACUGGAAGGUCCCAUACAAAUGUCAUAUUACAACCACAACGGGAAUAUGGCUCAACCAAUCACAACUAUAGAAACAGUUACUAUAAAAAGGCCUUUGAAGGUAAGUGUCGUCAUUAUAAUUAUCGUUACAAAAAAACACAUAAAUAAAAUAAGUAAAGUGUUUACAUGUGUCUCGUUAUUGCGAGCCACAGAAGGUUUGUGCUUUAAUUUACCUGUAGAGCAAGGCAUUCUUUAA